AUGAUAGCGGUAGGGUCACCAUCCAACGACACUAGCGUUCGCCACGGCGAAGGCAUACCGAAUAUCCCGCCCUUGGAAUUGUCAGUCGUUGCAGGUGCCAGGAACGAAGAUGGUUCUACCUAUCAUUUUCGAACUACCUACGACAAAGUCGUGUUGCUCGCGGAGGAUGAGUUCCCCGUCGAUGGGGAGCUACAAGCCCAUCCUUCAGCGCUAGGUGAUCCGUUCCAGCCUGGGAGUAACCUGUGGCAGUGCGUCUUCAACGAGACCCUGCUUGAAGGUUACAUAUACGUCACUAGAGUGACAGGCACUGCACCGGAUACUGCCAAAACUAAGACUGCAGGACUUUCGGACUUCCCUUACUCCGUAAGAUUAUUUGAAGAGUGGGCGCCAGGUGGCAAGACGCCUUAUUGUCAGAAGGUGACUAUGGGAUCGGACGGCACCCUGGCUCCACUCUCAGAAGAGAUAGCGUUGCGCCUGGAAGACUCUCACGGUAAUGUUGCAGCCUCCAUGUCACGAUCCACAAAACGUACCGGAGAUCGAGCGCAACGACAAGAGGUGCGCGCUGCUCACUGUCAGUGUCAAUGGCUGGUUGAUGGGUAA